UGGGAUGUUGAGUCACCGCUUGGUCACCGCUGAUUCUUGCUGGUGGGAUGAGGCAGAGAGGAGAAGCGUCGAGCCCAGCGAAGAUCUAAACAAACCGAAUUCCUCAGAGUGUGUAAGUUAUACGUUACAAACGAGUAAUAACGGAAUAAAAUCGAGGCAACGACGACCGGAGGAGCGCGCCGCCAAAAUGAUGGAAGAAAUAGAUAGAUUCCAAGUGCCUACAGUUCAAUCGGAGAUGCAGCCUUUGGACCCAGCGGCCUCCUCCACCUCAGAAGGGGACUCGGACACACGGGAGGGCGACUCGGUGGCACUCAACUACAAACCCUCCCCGUUGCAGAUGAAAAUCGAGAAACAGAGGGAGCUGGCCAGGAAGGGCUCGCUGAAGAAUGGAAACGUGGGAAGCCCGGUUAACCAGCAACCCAAGAAGAACAACGUGAUGGCCAGGACACGGUUGGUUGUUCCCAAUAAAGGCUACUCCUCUUUAGACCAGAGUCCGGAUGAGAAGCCUUUGGUAGCGCUGGACACAGAUAGUGAUGAUGACUUCGACAUGUCCAGAUAUUCCUCGUCAGGAUACUCCUCGGCCGAGGUGAGAUGUCUGAGGGACCAGCAGAUAAACCAAGACCUGAACAUUCAACUGCUGAAAGAUGGCUAUCGACUGGACGAAAUCCCUGAUGAUGAAGACCUCGACCUCAUCCCCCCCAAAUCGGUCAACCCCACCUGCAUGUGCUGCCAGGCCACGUCCUCCACGGCCUGUCAGAUCCAGUAGCCCCCAAGGGCCCCCUCCCAACCCUCAUCUCUCUGCCUGUCUGCAGUGAGUUCUGUUUGCUACUAGAGGGCGAAAGAGAGCAAUGAUUUAAAAAAAAAUAAUAAUAAUGUAAUGGUGAUGAUGAUGAUGAUAAAAAGACAGG